AUUCCUGCCGGAGAGACACACAACUUUGGCUUCUUCUUUCACACAUCCAUCACGAUAGGUGUAUUGACCAUAUAUAGAUGUUAUUAGGGUUUUUAAUGUUUUUUGUGUAAAUGGAGCAGGCUUGGAGACAGACAGCAGAGGAAGAGAGAGAGUGUCAGCUAAUUGGGAUAAGAGUUCAAGUCAAGUGAGCCGGCAGAUUGGACCUUUAAAGCCUCUUAACGCAGGUGGUGGGAGGAAUACAGCAGCAAGGGGAGUGUGUUUAUGUGUCGUGUGUGUGCGUGUUUGUGUGCGUGAGUCGCUCCCAGUGGAGAGAUCCACCCUGGACACGGUGGCAAAGGGGUGAUCAGGUGUGAGUGUGGGGUGGGUGGGGAUCAAUCCAAGCGGAGACAGAGGUAGGCUAGAUAUGGUUUCUCUCAACUGGACGCGAUGAAGUGGCUCUGCGGGAGUUUUAGGUUUUGACCGGCGAGGAGGAGAGGGCGGACGGACUGACGGACGGAUUGGAGGGAGGAGGAGGAGUAGGAGGAGGAGGAGGGGGGGGCACCACCACCACCACCGCCAAAGCGCACAGCACCGUCCCCAAUCCCCUGACGCAGGGAUGGAGAGCACAAGAGCGCACAGGAUAACGCGGCUCGAUCCCACAAACGGGAGCGUAAAGAUCACCGGGAAGCCAGACAUGAGGGCUGACCGACACCGGGGACACCUCCACCUGCAGCGGACUGUGAUUUUUCUCUUUGCGCUCACAAUACAACCGCAGUCUGUGUGUGCAGUCGGGAUGUUCGAGCUUCAAAUCCAGAAUUUCCAGAACCAGUACGGACAUCUGCAGACCGGACACUGCUGCGAUCUCCAGUCCAUCGGGACUGGUUCCUGCUCUGCAAGGGACCAGUGUGACACUUUCUUUCAAGCCUGUCUCAAGGAGUACCAGGCCCGAGUUGCCCCAGCUGGAGCCUGUACCUUUGGGUCAGGCACAACAGGGAUCCUAGGUGGAAACUCCCAGUCGCUCCACCACCGAGGUCAAGAUGGAGGAGGAGGAGGAGGAACGGAGGAUGGGACUAAUGGGCAUAUUGUCAUUCCCUUCAAAUACGCCUGGCCAAAGUCCUUCUCUCUGGUGUUGGAGGCUCUGGACUACGACAAUGACACAUCAGAAUCAGGUCAGUUGAUUGAGCGCGUCCUCCUCUCCUCAAUGUUGAACCCUGGUGAACAGUGGCAGACUCAUCGUUACCAUGGACGGACUCUCAGCCUGGUGUAUCGACUCCGCUUCCGCUGCGACUCUAACUACUACGGACCUUUCUGUAACAAGUUCUGCCGGGCCCGCGACGACUUCUUCGGUCACUUCAGCUGUGACCCCAGUGGCUCCAAGGUCUGCCUGGAUGGCUGGAUGGGAGCAGAGUGCAAAGAUGCGGUGUGCAGGCAGGGAUGUCACCAGGCCCACGGCUCCUGUACUGUACCUGGAGAAUGCAAGUGUCAUUAUGGCUGGAUGGGUCCUCUGUGUGACCAGUGUACGACGUUUCCCGGCUGUGUGUACGGGAGCUGCACCGAGCCCUGGCAGUGUGUGUGCGAUGUCAACUGGGGCGGACUGCUGUGUGACAAAGAUCUGAACUACUGUGGGACCCACCAGCCCUGUAAGAACGGCGGGACCUGCACCAACACAGAGCCGAAUGAGUACCAGUGUGAAUGCCAGGAAGGCUUCAGAGGACGCAACUGUGACAUCGUGGAGCACGCAUGUUUGUCGUCCCCGUGUGCGAACGGAGCCACCUGUGUGGAAGACCCAACGGGCUUCAGCUGCAUCUGCUCCGAUGGCUGGACCGGACACACCUGCACAGAUGCGGUAAGGCAGUGUGAUCGGAGUCCCUGCGGACGUGGAGCGACGUGUCAGGAGGCUCCUGGAGGAUACCGGUGCCUCUGCCCGCCUGGAUGGACCGGCAGGACGUGCCAGCUGGACACCAACGAGUGUGAAAGGAAUAUAUGCGUCCAUGCCCGCUCUUGUCGCAACCUGAUCGGUGGAUACCUGUGUGAAUGCCUUCCUGGAUGGACGGGGUCAAACUGUGACAUCAGGAACAGCAGCUGUCAGGGUUUGUGUCUGAAUGGCGGACGUUGUGAGGACCAGAUAUCAGGAUCCAGAUGCUUGUGCCCACCUGGUUUCUCUGGAAAAUACUGUCAAAUCGGCCAGAGUCCUUGUGACAGUGCCCCCUGCCUGCACGGAGGACAGUGUGUGGAGAAGGAUGGACUGACGAUCACCUGCAACUGUCCCAUGGGAUAUUCAGGAAUCUUCUGUGAGGUGGUGUUGGAUCUGUGCAAUCCCAACCCUUGCCAGCAGGGGGUUCCCUGUCACAGCAUAGAGGGCAGAUACAUGUGUGCCUGUCCUGAGGGUUACUAUGGCAAUGAGUGCAUUAGCCUCAAAAACCCCUGCAUUGGUCCACACUGUCCAGGCGCAAUGUCUGACACGACUCAUGGGGGCGUCAGCUUCUACAUGGUGCUGGUGGGAGUUUUGGCUUUAGUGACAGUCUGUGGGUGUGCGGCCUGUGCUUUCAUCCUCUCCCACCUCCAUCAAAAGCGGAAAAAGCAGCAGGCCGUCCCACAGGAAGAAGGCAUCAACAACCAGAGGGAGUUUGUCAACCUCAUCAGAAACGUGGACCGUCCCGUGCCUCUCCUGCCUCCCGCCACCCCACUUACUCACACACCAGCCCCCGCCCCUGUCUCACGUUGCUACGAGGAGAUUGAACUCACCCUGCCGCCCUCCCCAGCCCCCUCGCAUCCCUCCCCGGCACUAAAGCCAGCCCACGCCCCCAAACUGGACAUUUCAAACCGGGAGAGGGAGAAGUUGAACCGCUUCCACCACACAGACAACCAGGAACUGGAGGUCUGACCCCUGAACUCUCGGGCCUCGGUUGAGUUUUGUCUUAUAUUAUUUUGCGUCCUUAACACUCUCUCGCCCAAAGGGCCGUGUUUCCAGUUUCUGGCACUGUUGUUAUUAAAAUGGGCUGAUCCUGUGUGACCUUUAUGUGCUCAGAUCAGUAGAAACCUGAGGAGCAAAGGCUGCUACACUAACUAAGACCCUGUUUUUGAAGACUGAUAUGAGCAACAAUGAGAAGCAGCAGGCACAUAAUGUUUGACUGAAAGACUCCUCAUGACUCUUGAAUGAAUCUGGAGACUUAAAGACUUGCCUUGGAGUGCCUGCAUGAGAUACUGUCAGAGAGGAAAACGAAUCGUAGACGAUCGCCUCGCUCAGACUUCCUUUUUCCAUUUCAGGCUGAACUCUGACAGACAGAUCGAUGAACGGAUGCGUAUUUAACACUCAAUGUGUUUCUUGUGUUUGUGGUUGUAUGUAUGUGUGAGAGAGUGAAAGAGAGAGAAUGUAUAUUAAGAGUAUGUGAAGGGAAAAGUAAAUUACAGAAACAAACUUUACUGAACCGCUUAGUUUGUCCUUUUGAGAAAAGAAAAAGAAAAGAGAGUGAACACUCCUGAUCGAAAGGCUUUUCAGCCUUAUAAAAACUGAUUUUAAACUAAACACUGUUGCCUGUACUGUCUCUGUAAUACUACAGUUUGUCAAAGAUGUAUGAUUUUUUUCAUACCUGCGUGUAAAAUAACUUUUUUUUUGUACAUAAAUAUAUUGUACAUAUUGAUGCCCUUUUUGUACUGUGGUUUGGUCUGAGAAUAUAACUGUAUUACUUUGCUCUGUUUGUCUCAUUUCACUUUCCAUUUGGAGCAACCAGCACAUGUGGAUU